AUGGGCUGCCAGAAGGCAGUUGCUAAAGAUCUUUUAGCCAACAUUCCAUCCACUGUAGAUGCUCAACCUGCACCAUCUCAGCCAAAGCCGAAAAAAAUGAUCAAGAAGGCUCAACCAAAGGUAAUCCAGUACGCCCACUCCUUCUCAAUGCAAUCUUUUGAGACUAGGGAGGUCACUGGUCUGCAAAAGACCAACAAAAACUUGCAGUCAAAAAUUAAGACUCUGGCAGAUCAGGCCGAGGCUGCUGUCAAAGCCAAAGACGUGGCCGAGGAAAAGGCAAAGGCUGCUGAUACCAUAAAGAAGGUUCUUGAGGCCCAGAGAAAAGAGGACGAGGGAAAGACGGCCGAGGCCCAAAAAGAGCUACAAGAUGCCUUUGCCACGAAUGACGCUGAGCUCAAGGCCGCCAAUCAGAAGGGAUACAAUGAGGGGGUGGCCGAUGUCACGGUGGAUUAUGAGAAACAGGGUGAGGAGGUUCUCAAGGAUGUUCCUCUUGAGAAAGCGUCAUGGAACGUCCCUCUUGCCGACAAGAGCCUCGAUCAAACCCUUCAAAAGAUAGAUGCCGAGCUCGCGGCUGAGAAGGCCGCCGAGAUGUCUUCUCAGCAGUCUUCUGAAUUCCAGACCUAUCCUCCUCAAGACGCAGAAGAGUCUUAG